AUGGCGGCUUCUGGUGAGGGCGCGUCGCUGCCGUCUCCGGCGGGCGGGGAGGAUGCGCACCGCCGCCGCGUCAGCUAUUUCUACGAGCCGUCGAUCGGAGACUACUACUACGGGCAAGGUCACCCGAUGAAGCCCCACCGCAUCCGAAUGGCGCACUCGCUGGUGGUCCACUACGGCCUCCACCGCCUCCUCGAGCUCUCCCGCCCCUACCCGGCCUCUGAGGCCGACAUCCGCCGCUUCCACUCCGACGACUACGUCGCUUUCCUCGCGUCCGCCACCGGAAACCCGGGUGUCCUCGACCCGCGCGCCAUUAAGCGCUUUAACGUCGGUGAGGACUGCCCCGUGUUCGACGGUCUCUUCCCCUUCUGCCAGGCCUCCGCUGGGGGAAGCAUCGGCGCCGCCGUCAAGCUUAACCGCGGGGACGCCGACAUCACCGUCAACUGGGCGGGCGGCCUCCACCACGCCAAGAAGAGCGAGGCCUCCGGGUUCUGCUACGUCAACGACAUCGUCCUCGCCAUCCUCGAGCUCCUCAAGUUCCACAGGCGUGUGCUAUAUGUAGACAUUGAUGUCCACCAUGGAGAUGGCGUGGAGGAGGCCUUCUUCACUACAAACCGAGUCAUGACUGUUUCCUUUCACAAGUAUGGGGAUUUUUUCCCUGGUACUGGACAUAUCACUGACGUUGGGGCAGCCGAAGGGAAGCAUUAUGCUCUGAAUGUUCCCCUGAGUGAUGGUAUCGAUGACACCACCUUUCGUGGUCUGUUUCAAUGCAUCAUUAAGAAAGUUAUGGAGGUUUAUCAGCCAGACGUGGUUGUCCUCCAAUGCGGAGCUGACUCUUUGGCUGGAGACAGGUUAGGUUGCUUCAACCUGUCUGUGAAGGGUCAUGCUGACUGCCUCCGUUUCCUUAGGUCGUACAAUGUUCCUAUGAUGGUUUUAGGUGGUGGAGGUUACACCAUCAGAAAUGUUGCACGCUGCUGGUGCUACGAGACCGCAGUUGCUGUUGGAGUUGAACCUGAUAACAAGCUGCCUUACAAUGAUUACUAUGAGUACUUUGGCCCUGAUUAUACUCUUCAUAUCCAACCAAAAAGUGUUGAAAACCUGAAUACCACAAAGGACUUGGAGAACAUAAAGAACAUGAUAUUGGAGAACCUGUCAAAGAUAGAACAUGUUCCCAGCACUCAAUUCCAUGACAGACCGUCAGACCCUGAAGCUCCAGAGGAGAAAGAGGAGGACAUGGACAAGAGGCCACCUCAGCGCAGCAGAUUAUGGAGCGGAGGAGCUUACGACUCUGAUACAGAGGAUCCUGACAGCCUGAAAAGCGAGGGUAAAGACGUAACUGCUAACUUCCAGAUGAAGGAUGAACCAAAAGAUGAUCUGUAGAAGUUUCAGAAGUGCCCCCAAAGUUACUGAGUUGUGAAUGGGAUCGUCGACAUGCAUGUUGAAGAGUGGGGACGCAUCUGAACCUGUCCGUGCUGAUAUCUGCCGCUGUGCAUCUGUAACAGACUGAACGUUUUGCUGGUUCCAGCUUUCCUGCGUGUUGGUAACUAGACUAGAUAUAUGGCCCUUUGGUGGGUCCCAAACUGUUGAGCUGGAGAAAUGAAGUGAUUAUUCUCGCAUGAUUUUGUAGCAUGCAUGUAAUCAUUACCCAUUAGUUCAUUAGGCUAUCAACAGUAGUUUACUCAUCCCCAUAUUCAAACUUCACUAUGUGCGCAAACAGUGAUUUGAUUGACCAUAUGAUUAAACUU